AUGGCCACGCCAUCUCUUCUCCGCCUCCUCGUCCUCCUCACCGCAGGCGCCGCCGUCUUGCAGGUGGCCGCAUGGGUGGAUUGCGGCGACGCCUCGCCGUCGCCUCCUCCUUCGUCCUCCCCUUCCCCCUCACCACUAUCGCCGCCCUUCAACGGCAGCAGCAGCAACGCGCCGUUCCGCGCGAACCUGCUCACGCUCCUGAGCGCUCUCCCGCGCGCCGCGGCGCCCACGGGGUUCGCGUCCCUCUCCCUCGGGGCCGGCCGCGACCGCGCCUUCGUCCGGGGCCUCUGCCGUGGGGACUUCCAGUCUCCCCGGUGCCUCGCGGACCUGCAGGAGGCCGUGCGCACCCUCGGCGGGAGCUGCCCCAGCAGCCGCCGCGCCGCCGUGUGGCUGGACGUCUACGUCUCCUACGCCGACACCAACGCCUCGACCCCCCGCGAGGACGACUUCUGCAUGGUCCUCUACGACACGCGCCUGGUAGCCGAACCGGACGCCUACUUGAAGGCGUACGGCGCGCUGAUGAGGAACCUGGCGGCGCGCGCGGUGGGCGUGGGUGGCGGCGGCGGCGAGGCAGGGACGACGGCGAGGCAGUUCUUCGCAACCGGGGAGGCGCAGUACGCCAGCGACGAUCCCAACGGUACCAUGUACGGGAUGGUGCAGUGCAUGAGGGACAUCACGGCGGCGGACUGCCACCGUUGCCUGCAGGCCUCGGUACCGCAGCUGCCGUGCUGCAAGGGGAAUCAGGGAGGCGUCGUGCUGGCCUACAACUGCUUCCUGCGGAUCCAGGUGUACACCUACUACGACCUGGCGCUCGACGCGCCGCCUUCAGCUGCUGAACCGCCGUCGCCGACGCCCGCUGGGGAAACAAACGGAACGGGGAGACCAAGAAACACCAUCAUCCUUGCCGUCGUCGUUCCACUUGGAACCAUACUCCUCGCGUUCGUGUGUACUACUGGUGUCUACUUGCGAAGGAGAAGAGGUGUAAACGAGAGAAAUCGUCCACCGGAUGUGCCAUACUCCCGGGCCCCGCCCAGGGGGAGGGCCAAGGACGACCGCAGCGCAACCUACGUUCACCCGGAGAAAUUCACCCUGCCGGUGCUGAGGGUGGCAACCGGUAACUUUGCUGCGGAAAACAAGCUGGGAGAGGGAGGUUUUGGAGAAGUUUUCAAGGUUUGGGAGAAGUGGAGGCGCGGAUCCGUCGCGGAGACCGUGGACGCGUCGCUGGGCGGGCAGUACGCCAGAACCGAGGCGCUCGCCUGCGUGCAGAUCGGGCUCCUGUGUGUGCAGAAGGACCCCAGGUCCAGGCCAGACGCGUCGGAGGUCGUCCUGAUGCUGGACGGACGGUCGGCGAUCCAGCAAACGCCGUCCAGACCGGCGUUCUGCUCCGGGUCCAUAUCCAUAAGCGGCGCCUCAGCGCGGCGUGCUGCCCGCGGAAAUGCAGCGAGCUAUGGGCGUCGUUCUCCGAUCGGACCUGUUUCCGAGAACAGCGUCACGGUUUCGGAGCUCGAACCGCGGUAG